AUGUCAAAAGAAGAACAAAAGGUGAUCAAGACCUUGGAAGAAGACGACGAAUUUGAAGAUUUCCCUGAAGAUGAUAAGUUUAAUAAUGAACCCAAAGUUAAUACUGCUAAUUUAUGGGAAGAAGAUUGGGAUGAUGAUGAUAAUCAAGAUGAAUUUUCCAAUAAAUUAAGAGAUGAAUUAAAGAAAUCUCAGAAUAAUACCACUACCAUUGCUUAG